CCUUUCUCACUAAAAAAUAAAAAUCAUCACUUGAACCAUCGAAGCAAAAUCCAUGGCGUUCGCCCCCGCCCUCCAGCUCCGCCUCCCUCUCCCACCCCCCUUCGCCUCCCAUUCCCAUCCCCUCAAUCGUCCCUUUGCUUUCCCCCGACCCGCCAGGACCCAUUUCUUGAUCGUCCGUGCCGACCUCGGCUUCCGCGAUGGAGACGAUGCUAGCAUCGGCGGAAGCACCACCAUGAACAAGAUCGUCGAUAGGCUCAAGGAGUUUGGUUACAUCGAUGACGAUAUUGAUACUCGGAGCGAAAAAUCUCAACCGGAAUUGAGUCCAUUGGCUGUGAGGGACGACGAGGUUAGGUUUCCGUGGGAAAAGCCUUCGGUUGAGAAGGAUGGGCAAGGGGCGUUGAGGAGGAAGCGGAGCAAAACUUCUCUGGCGGAGCUUAUGCUGCCGGAAGGAGAGCUGCGGAGACUGCGGCAUUUGGCGCUGCGGAUAAAGUCUAAGGUUAGGAUUAAAGGGAAAGCGGUCACGAAUGCGGUUGUUGAUGCGAUUCAUGAGAAGUGGCGCACGGAGGAGGUGGUGAGGAUCAAGUGCGAGGGUGUUGUGACUUAUAAUAUGAAGAAAGUCCAUGAGGAUUUGGAGAGGAGAACCGGGGGUUUAGUGAUAUGGAGGUCAGGGGCUGCUAUUUCUUUAUAUAGAGGUGUUAGCUAUGGCAUUCCUCGUCCAGAGAAGAAAAAGUACCUGGCUAAUCAAAUGAGUGGCGGGAAUGGUGCCCCUUCAUUCCAAAAAUUGACCUUGCCUAGUGGGGAUUCCCUGGGAGAUAGCCAAGAUGAUAUCAUGCAAGGUCCUUCUGAAGAUAUACGGUCUUCAGCAGAGAGGAAAAUAGAUGCUGAAUCACCUAAGAAAAUUAAUUAUGAAGAAGAGAUAGACAAGCUAUUGGACAGUCUAGGUCCACGUUACACUGACUGGCCAGGGAGUGGCCCGUUCCCUGUUGAUGCUGAUUUACUUCCCGGUGUUGUUCCUGGUUACAAACCUCCAUACCGCCUUCUUCCAUAUGGAGAAAGGCCAUUUCUGGGAUUUAAGGAGGCUGCAGACUUGCGGAGGCUUGCAAGGGUAUUACCACCUCAUUUUGCUCUUGGGAGGAGCAGGCGACAUGAAGGAUUAGCUGUAGCUAUGGUGAAGUUGUGGCAAAGAAGUUCCAUUGCAAAGGUUGCUUUGAAGCGUGGAGUGCAGCUUACAACUAGUGAAAGAAUGGCCGAGGACAUCAAGAAAUUGACUGGGGGAAUGCUUCUUUCCAGAACCAACGAGUUUCUUGUAUUUUUCCGAGGAAAAAAUUUCUUGGCCUUGGAAGUAGCGGAGGCAUUAAUUGAGAGGGAAAAAUUAGCCAGGACUCUGCAAGAUGAAGAAGAGCAGGCACGGUUAAGAGCUUCUUCUUCAGUUUUAUUAAACAUCGAGGACUUUGCACAGUCUGCCUCUGCUGGUACUCUUGGAGAGACACUUCAAGCUGAUGCUCGAUGGGGAGCUAAACUGGAUGAGGAUCAUGAAAAUAAAAUGAUGAGAGCUGUAGAAAUUGCGAAGCGUACUCACAUUGUGAAGAAGAUUGAGAGAAAACUUUCUCUUGCUGAGGAGAAGUUAAUGAAAGCUGAAAAGGCUUUAGCCAAAGUGGAAGAAUUCUUGAAGCCACUGGAACGAGCUUCAGAGCCUGAAAGCAUAACUGAUGAAGAGAGGUUCAUGUUUCGCAAGCUUGGGAUGAGGAUGAAAGCCUUUUUACUCCUUGGAAGAAGAGGAGUUUUUGAUGGCACUGUCGAAAACAUGCACUUGCAUUGGAAAUACAGGGAACUAGUGAAGGUUCUUGUGAAAGCCAAGACAUUUUCACAAGUCAGAGGUAUCGCCUUGUCACUUGAAGCUGAAAGUGGGGGUGUCUUGGUUUCUGUGGACAAGGUCUCUAAGGGUUUUGCCAUCAUUGUGUACCGAGGAAAGGACUAUCGACGACCUUCUGUUUUGAGGCCCAAAAAUCUAUUAACAAAAAGAAAAGCUCUAGCUCGAUCUAUCGAGCUUCAGAGGCAUGAGGCACUUAGCAACCACAUUACAAAUUUACAAACAAAAGUGAAGAAGUUGAAAUCAGAGCUGAACGAAAUGGAAGAUGUCAAUGAUCAAGGCGACGAAGACUUGUAUGCUAAGUUGGAUUCUGCGUACGCAACUGAGGACGAAGAAGAAACAGAGGAUGAGGGUGAUGAAACAUACCUUGGAACUUUCAAUACCGGUAAAGACUCCGCCGAUGUUGACGGCACCGAAAAUGUUGACUUUGAUGCUUAUGAUGAUGAUAAGGAGCACAACAAUUUUGAUAACAAAGAUGAACAAUCUGAUGAAGAUUACUCGAGUGAUAACACUGACCCUGCAUUGAGCUUUUGUUAUGAUAAACAAAGUGAACUGCCAGAACCUCUUUCUGACCCUUCUAAUUUGUGCAUAUGAUUCAGAAAAUACUUAUCCAGUGGAUUUUGAAUUUUUUUGGUCAAUUUUGAUCUCAUUGUAAAUUAUCAUCAGUAAGCUUCAAGCUUAAAAUAUUGUUGUGAUUUGUAACCUAUAUUUGUCUUCUGUUAUAAACAUUUACUGACAAACAAUAAAGAUGAAUAUUUUUUCAGGGCUA